AAUAAACAUGUGAAGCCGGGAAAGGGGCCCUCCACUUUUUUUAUGAUCUGAAGAAAAAAAAAGCCAUAUCUUGAGUUUCAAUUCAGAAACCGCUUGUUUUCUAAUUCGGUAGCCUAUUUAGUUUUUGUUCCUUAAUGUGUUAUUCGUUAUCAUAUCAUUUUUUUUUUGUUUUUUUGGGAUAUAAAAGGGCUUCUUGAUUUCAAUUGAUUUUCACCUUUCUUUUCUUUUUUUCUUUAAGCCUUUUUCUUAAAUUAACUUGAAAAAGACAUCAUGGCAACAAAGAGAAAUGUUUCAAGCACUGAUGAAGCUGUGAAGCCUGUGAUUGAUGAAGCUAUUGAAAAAAGCUGGGAGAUCCCAGAAUUCACAAUCAAGGAAAUCCGUGAUGCUAUCCCUGCUCACUGCUUCCGUCGUGAUACAUUUACAUCUUUUACUCAUGUCCUUCAUGAUCUUGUCAUUGUUGCCUUCUUGGCUUAUGCAGCCUCUUAUAUCGAUACAAUCCCCAAUGUCUAUGCUCGUAUUGCUCUCUGGCCUGUAUACUGGAUUGUUCAAGGCAUUGUUGGUACUGGUGUUUGGGUACUUGGUCAUGAAUGUGGCCAUCAAGCCUUUAGUCCUUCUAAGACUAUUAACAACAGCGUUGGAUUUGUUCUUCAUACCCUUUUACUUGUUCCCUAUCAUUCAUGGAGAUUCUCUCACUCUAGACAUCACAAAGCUACUGGUCAUAUGGCAAAAGAUCAGGUUUUCCUCCCAAAGACUCGUUCAAAAGUUGGCUUGCCUCCUCGUGAUCAAGACCCUCAAGCCGAUGGUCCUCACGAUGCUCUUGAUGAAACACCUAUUGUUGCUCUUUGGCGCAUGUUCCUUAUGUUCGCUUUUGGCUGGCCUCUUUACCUUUUCACUAAUGUCACUGGUCAAGAUUACCCUGGCUGGGCUUCUCACUUCAACCCUACCUGUGAUAUUUAUGAUGAAAGCCAAUACUGGGAUGUCAUGUCUUCUACUGCUGGUAUCAUUGCCAUGAUUGGUUUCUUGAGUUACUGCGGACAAGUCUUUGGCUCCCUUACUGUCAUUAAAUACUAUGUGAUUCCUUACUUGAAUGUCAACUUUUGGUUGGUCUUGAUCACUUAUCUUCAACACACAGACCCCAAGUUGCCUCAUUACCGUGAAAAUGUUUGGAACUUCCAACGUGGUGCUGCUUUGACCGUUGAUCGUUCUUAUGGUGCCAUUAUCAACUACUUCCAUCAUCACAUUUCUGAUACUCAUGUUGCCCAUCACUUCUUCUCUACCAUGCCCUUCUACCAUGCUCAAGAAGCUACUGUUCAUAUCAAGAAGGCCCUUGGUAAGCAUUACCACUGCGACAACACUCCUAUCCCUAUUGCCUUGUGGAGAGUCUGGAAGGAAUGUCGCUUUGUCGAAGAAGAGGGCGAUGUUGUCUUUUACAAGAAAUAAUUAUACAUAUUUUUACAUUUUAUAUAUUUACAUAGUCAUUCACCUUUAUUGCAAAUAAACAUCGAUCUUAAAAAUGCAUAUGCUUUUGU